AAGGAGAAAUGCUUUCUGGCUCUUUUCUCCACCUCAGUCUUGGCAGCAGCGGCCGCAGCAGCAACAGCAGCAGCAGCAGUGGCAGGCGGCAGCUGGGCAGCUAGGCAGCGGGGGUUGAGGCACACUGGGAAGGUGCAGGGGCCUGAGGUGCAGCUCGAAUGGGACAGGGCCCCCAGCGCUGGACAGAUGCAGUGCCAAUCUUGAUGCCACCUUCCAGCUUCUCCGGACUGAAGAGGGAAUGGAUGCAGCCACAGCUCCAAAGCAAGCCUGGCCCCCAUGGCCCCCACUCCUUUUCCUCCUCCUCCUACCUGGAGGGAGCGGUGGCAGCUGCCCUGCUGUGUGUGACUGCACCUCCCAGCCCCAGGCUGUGCUCUGUGGCCACAGGCAACUGGAGGCUGUACCUGGAGGACUCCCACUGGACACUGAGCUCCUGGACCUGAGUGGAAACCGCCUGUGGGGGCUCCAGCAGGGAAUGCUCUCCCGCCUGAGCCUGCUCCAGGAAUUGGACCUCAGCUACAACCAGCUCUCAAGCCUUGAGCCCGGGGCCUUCCAUGGCCUACAAAGCCUACUCACCCUGAGGCUGCAGGGCAAUCGGCUCAGAAUCAUGGGGCCCGGGGUCUUCUCAGGCCUCUCUGCUCUGACCCUGCUGGACCUCCGCCUCAACCAGAUUGUCCUCUUCCUAGAUGGAGCUUUUGGGGAGCUAGGCAGCCUCCAGAAGCUGGAGAUUGGGGACAACCACCUGGUAUUUGUGGCUCCAGGGGCCUUUGUAGGGCUGACCAAGUUGAGCACCCUCACCCUGGAGCGCUGCAACCUCACAACAGUGCCUGGCCUAGCCCUCGCCCGUCUCCCGGCACUAGUGACCCUAAGGCUUCGAGAACUGGAUAUUGGGAGGCUGCCAGCUGGGGCCCUGCGGGGGCUGGGGCAGCUCAAGGAGCUGGAGAUCCACCUCUGGCCAUCUCUGGAGGCUCUGGACCCUGGGAGCCUGGUUGGGCUCAAUCUCAGCAGCCUGGCCAUCACCCGCUGCAAUCUGAGCUCGGUGCCCUUCCAAGCAUUGUACCACCUCAGCUUCCUCAGGGUCCUGGAUCUGUCUCAGAAUCCCAUCUCAGCCAUCCCAGCCCGAAGGCUCAGCCCCCUGGUGCGGCUCCAGGAGCUACGCCUGUCAGGGGCAUGCCUCACCUCCAUUGCUGCCCAUGCCUUCCAUGGCUUGACUGCCUUCCACCUCCUGGAUGUGGCAGAUAAUGCCCUUCAGACACUAGAGGAAACAGCCUUCCCUUCUCCAGACAAACUGGUCACCCUGAGGCUGUCUGGCAACCCUCUAACCUGUGACUGCCGCCUCCUCUGGCUGCUCCGGCUCCGCCGCCGCCUGGACUUUGGCACGUCCCCCCCUGCCUGUGCUGGCCCCCAGCAUGUCCAGGGGAAGAGCCUGAAGGAGUUUUCAGACAUCCUGCCUCCGGGGCACUUCACCUGCAAACCAGCCCUGAUCCGAAAGUCGGGGCCUCGAUGGGUCAUUGCAGAGGAGGGCGGGCAUGCGGUUUUCUUCUGCUCUGGAGACGGAGACCCAGCCCCCACUGUCUCCUGGAUGAGGCCGCACGGGGCUUGGCUGGGCAGGGCUGGGAGAGUAAGGGUCCUAGAGGAUGGGACACUGGAGAUCCGCUCAGUGCAGCUACGGGACAGAGGGGCCUAUGUCUGUGUGGUCAGCAAUGUCGCUGGGAAUGACUCCCUGAGGACCUGGCUGGAAGUCAUCCAGGUGGAACCACCGAACGGCACACUUUCUGACCCCAACAUCACCGUGCCAGGGAUCCCAGGGCCUUUUUUUCUGGAUAGCAGAGGUGUGGCCAUGGUGCUGGCAGUCGGCUUCCUCCCCUUCCUCACCUCAGUGACCCUCUGCUUUGGCCUGAUUGCCCUUUGGAGCAAGGGCAAAGGUCGGGUCAAACAUCACAUGACCUUUGACUUUGUGGCACCUCGGCCCUCUGGGGAUAAAAACUCUGCGGGUAACCGGGUCACUGCCAAGCUCUUCUGACCUUUCCUUCCCCAGUGGGGAACCCACCAAGUCCGCUUCAGACACCAAAGGGGAAGACAGAACCAAGGCUGCUUGAACCAGAACCUAGUCCCUAGCAGCACUGCUCUCUUGCACCUCCCGCCUGCGUUGUGCCUCCUGCCAGAGAGUCUGCUUCCUGAGCUUUUCCGGUCUGAGGAUAGCAUUGUCAUUUCUUCUCUGAGGGUCCCAGGGAGCUGCAGAUGCAGACCCUGUCAUUAGUCCAGCCCCCUCUUCGCCCCCUCCACACACAAAACAGGAAACAUAAUCAAAGCGCUAGCCAGCUAGUCUAACCACUAGGCUUUCUUCACACACACUUAUAUCCCUUAAUAAGCAAUUGCCAACCACGGCUAUAAGAUUAUUUCAGAGGUGGGGCUGGGAAGCGCCACUUGCUCCUUGGAGUCUCUGUUUGUCAACCAGGCAGAAUCCCUUUCUUUUCUGCUCCCCACCCCAACCCUGCCCCUAGGUACAGGAAUAAGAGCAAAGGACCCUCAGGCUACAGAGAAGAGGAUGGGGACAGAGUGUGGGAUGGGGAGGACAGACCAUACACUGCACUGUGUUUGUAUGAGCCUCUACCACCUUCCUCUAUCUACCAGAUCAUUAAACCUGCUGUCAAAGGGCCACAACAGUAGCAGCCAAAACUAAAUGUCAUCUCUGGAGUUUUCUUUACUUCAGUCUAUUUCCUACCCUCAU